AUGAAGACAUUUAAACUCAAUAAAAAAUUGGGUUUUUUCUUGCUUUUGUUAAACCUGAUAACCAUUGUAGCAAAAGGUGAACUUCUGUUAUUUAUCUUACCAACUAGAAACUUACCAUGUUGAUAUCGUCUCCUUGACAUGCAUGUAAUACAAUUUUUUUUAGGUUCUGUACAAGAGUAUGGUUGGCAUUUAAUUGAGGAGAAUUGGUACUUCUAUGUCGAAUCACCACUUUCCUGGAGCAAUGCCUCUUCUUUGUGCGCACUGCUAAAUUCUCAACUGGUAGUGUAUGAGACAGUGAAUGAAAAGGAUACAGUGGUUGAGAAAUUUGUUGACAAAACAGAUUUUUGGGUUGGUGUAGAUGGUAAUUGGCAGUGGCUUGAUAGAAUUUUUGUUGAUGGACCUACUUUAAAUAGUGAUUUCAUGCAAUGUGGAUAUAUGUCUAUCACAAGAAAAGCUACAUAUGCCGAAUCUUGCUUUACGGAGAAGAAUUUCAUGUGUAAAAAAAAAUCAGAUACCCUUUACGUUGAUGUUAUGGAGAAAGCAAAUUGGCAGAUUAGGGGAGGUUUAAAAUACAAAGCCAUACCCUAUCCAAUGACAUGGACAUACAGCAGGGUUAUUUGUGGUGCAAUGGGUGCAGAUCUUUCGGUGAUCAGGUCUCCGUGUGAAAAUAACUUCAUUAAUUCACUACUCAAAUUUCAAGAAGCAUGGAUUGGACUUCAUCGCUCUGUAAUUAAUAAUCACACUUUAAAGCAGGUUGAUGGUGAAAGAUCUAGAAAUUUUAGUAAUUAUCUCAGUACGGUUGACCAAACACAAAGGGAUAACAAGACCAACUAUAUUUCUUACAUGGGUGCCAAUGGCAAGUGGUUGGAAGAAAAAAUAAACAGCGAUAAUGCAAAUUUAAUUAAAAAACCUUUUGUUUGUCAAAAUGUAGCUGAACUUUUUUUGGAGCUACCAGGUGCAUCGUGGAGUGCAAGUAAUAGAAUAUGCUCUAAUAGAGGCAUGCAACUCCUUACUAUAAAAAGCAAGGAAAAAGCCAAAUACAUUGAGGAAAUGUAUGCUCCAAAGACAUUUUGGCUAGGGUUACAAUAUUCACUAAAUGCAGAAAAUUACCAAUGGCUUGACGGAACUGAUCUUUCAUCAACAUAUUCUGGUCUUAAGGAAAUUAAAAUUAAACAAUGUGUUCAACUAAAAAAUUCAGAUAAAUGGGAGGAAAGUAAAUGUGAUGCAAUUGCUGAUGUGAAUCUGUGUGAAUUCACUCCAGAUCCAUGGAAAGACGAUCCUUCAAACACAGGUGGUAAUUGUGAAUUGGUGAUGAGUCAUCGAUGCUUUAUGAAAAUUAAUUCAAGUAUGUCAUGGGAUAAUGCAAAAAGUACCUGUCAGAAAAGGGAUUCACAUUUAGCUUCUAUUUUAAGUGAAGAAGAGAAUAAUGCAAUUUACGUAAUGUAUGGUAGAACAGAUUACUGGCUGGGUGGAAUUUACAGUUCAAAACAUUCUGAAUAUAUCUGGGUGGACGGAAAUGAUUUUAUUUACAAGAACUAUCACACAGAAGCAUUUACAGAAUGUGUCUACAUGCAUAAAGACAAAUGGGAGACAGGCGAUUGUUUAAGGCUGAUGCCCUUUCUUUGUGUCAAAUCGUUGCGAGAUGCGGGGUCUGGAGCAAUUGAAGCAUCUAAAGAAAUAUUAGAUGCAGAGGCUGCAGCACGUAUAUCAAGUCCAAAAUCACGCAUGCCAGAUGCAGAGGCUGCAGCACGUAUAUCAAGUUCAAAACCACGCAUGCCAGAUAACUGGCAAAGAUACAACCAAAUUGAGUAUUUGAUGACGGGGUCCCUUUUUUCCUUCAAAGAAGCAUCUUCAACUUGUUUAUCCAAGGGUGGUGUGCUAUUGAAUGAAACAUUCCCAUAUUACGUUAUCAAAAAUAGUGAAAUAUGGAUAGAUUUAAAAUAUAAUGGAAGUGUGUGGUUAUUAGGCAGUAAAAAUGCAUCAUUUUUUGAAGUUGCAGAACAAUUUCCUGACCCACCUAUUUCGAAUUGUAGUAGUAUCACAAGAUGUGGAAAGAAACAAGUACCAUGUGAUACUAAGCUAAAAGUCUUGUGCCAACGACCUAUUCCAACAACAACCACUACGGAAUCAACAACAACAACAACCACUAAGGAAUCAACAACCUCUUAUGAAUCAACAACCACAAAGGAAUUAACAACCACAAAGGAAUCAACAACCUCUAAUGAAUCAACAACCACUAAGGAAUUAACAACCACUAGGAAACCAAUAACAACACCAAUAACCACAGAAUCCACGACAACAUCUUCUGCUACAACAUUCUUUUUUUCAACAAAUAAUUCAAUGUUAGCAACAAAUGCAGAAGGCAGUACUGCACCAACAUCUAGUUUUUUUCCCCUACCAAGAGGUACAUCAUUUUCUAAUCAAUACAUAUCUAUGGUAAAGGACAAUAUUAGCUACCACUGUGGUGUUAAAGCAUAUGCGAAAAUGGAACCAAUUAGUUGGGAAUAUGUUAACCUUCCUAGAUUCUCAUACAGUAACAUAACCGGACACCUGCUAAUGAAUACUGAAGCUGGGGAAAAAUUAUGUUUAACCUUAAGUGGUGUAUAUGAUUGGAAGAACGAAAACAAAAUUUGGAAUGUUAUUAGCCUUGGAUCUGAGAUUGUAACAGGUUCUGCAUCAACUGGUUCAGAAUGCAUGGUUUUGAACUACAGUUUUGCAACAUUCAAUGUGGAACUUGGAACUGAAAACAUGAGAAUGUGCUUUGUCUUUGAUAACAAAAAAUUGAAACUUGGGAAAAAUUGUCUGUAUUCUUUACACCUGUCAAGUAAUCCCCCAGCGCAUUGGUCAAGGUGGUCUGAUUGGCAACCUUGCGAUGUUCUCUGUGGCAAUGGUACACAGACCCGAUUCAGACACUGUAUAAAUGAAGCUCAGGGUAGUUGUGUUGGUAAGAAGGAUGCCAUAAAAACUUGUAAAGGUUCAGGAGACUGCUCUGAACAUUAUAUUCCAUCAACAGGAAAAAGCUGUACAGAGUCAUGCCUUUUAAUAGGAAAAAGAUGUGACCACUUUCUGGUAACAGGUGAAAGCACUGUAUUGUUUGAGAGUUUUGGAUAUCAUUGUAGCAAGAAUGUUUCUCAAAGAACAUGGCAGAAUAUGUAUGCACCUUUUUAUGAUCUCGAUACCAAACAAUGUGUUGGAUAUCAGAAGAUGCCGAAAGAAAUGGAUUGUGAUGCUGUGCCACCAAGUAAAAGAUACCUACGAUUAUGCAAAUGCAUCGGAAGUGAUAGUGUCGAUACAACAACAUGGUUACCUUGGAGUGAAUGUUCACAGAGUUGUAAUGGAGUUCGAUCAAGAAAAAGAUUUUGUGCCUUGACUUCCGAGAAUCAUUGUGCAUCGAAUAGGUUUGAAACAGAAUCUUGCAAUACUGACGUUUUAUGUCCAGUGCAUGGUGGUUUCACACAGUGGACACAAUGGUCCAACUGCUACGCAUCCUGCGGUUUAGGACAUCGAGUCAGGAAUAGAAGUUGUACGCAUCCGUCCCCAAAAGAUGGCGGAUUUACCUGUGCGGGUGCAUAUACUGAGCAACAAUCUUGUGCUGCCCGAAAAUGUCCAAUAAAUGGAGAGUGGGGUAGUUGGUCUUCAUAUUCCGGUUGCACAAAACCUUGUAAUAGUGGUGUGCGUGUUAAAAGAAGAUACUGCACCAGUCCUGCACCAAUGUAUGGAGGAAAACCAUGUCAAGGAGCAUGGAAUCAUACUGUGCCUUGUAACCAAAGCCCGUGUCCUGCAACCUAUAUUAACGUGACCUGCAAAUUUGAUUUGAAGUAUACACCGGCAUUAGGAGAUAAACAAGGUUCGCAAUGGCGCGAUUUUGAGAAUGCCAUAUUAUCAGAGACUAAAUUCAUGUACGAAGAUACAUUUGGUGAUGUUGUAUCUAGUAUCAAACUUUCCGACGUUAGGCGUGGAAGUAUCCUAGCGUCUUUUUCAAUCAAUUUCCAUCAAUUCGAUUCUUACCAACUUGUAUAUCUACAAGAUAGUUUACAGAAUGAAAAGGCGAUUGGUAAGCUACCAAUUGUGGAUGGUAGUCCUUCUUCAAUUCUCACUGAUUCUGUUCCAACUGGUCCACCAUCCAACAUACAUGUUGUAUCUACUUAUCCAACAUCUUUUAAUGUAUCGUGGAGUGAAGUUGAUAUAACAUUACAAAAUGGAAACAUUCAGGGUUACCUGUUGUUUUAUCGUGAAAAGUUUAAACCUUCGGACCCGUAUGAAGUGUAUGGCUCUGUUUUAUAUUGGGCUGAAAUAACUGGAUUAAAACCUGGUACAGUGUAUGUCAUCAGAUUGUUGGCAUUUACUGCUGCAGGUAAUGGAGUGGCAUCUAAUCUGAUGGGUGUUAAAACUUUAGAAGCAGCCCCAUCUGCACCACCGACAUCUUUGACUGGUUUUGCAAUUGAUGCAACAUCAAUAUAUGUGCAAUGGUCUGGUGUUGAUAUGGAUGAUAUGAAUGGCGAUCCACUUGGAUACAAUGUGUAUUUUAAUGAUGGAUACAACACUAACAAGGCAAUUUCACCUUUCUCUCCACCGCACAUUAUAUUAAAUGGCUUACAUCCAGUCACUACAUAUGUUAUUGAUGUGUGUGCUUUUAAUGCAGUUGGAGAAGGACCAUGUGAAGCAACUGGAGUCACAUCGAAAUUGUCAGCUCCAAGGAUUCCUCCAGGCAACCUAUUCGUCUACUUUAAACUUCACGAUAGUUUAGCUGUCAAAUGGGAUCAUAUAAGCUCAGAAGUAAUUGACGCUUAUAGAAUUCAAUACUAUAUGAUAGAAAGAGGGAGGGUUGCUGUAGAGAAACCUGAUAUUAAAGAAGUAACAUUGGUACCCUCAUUUCAAACGUACAAUUUGAAGUUUUUGUCACCAAAUUCUAAAUAUGUGAUUAAAGUUUAUGGUGUGAAUGGUGCGGGAGAUGGUGUUCCUUCUCUUGUUAUUGCAGAAACUUGCAAAUGUCCAGCUACUGUCCAUAGUAACUUCUAUGUCAAUCCACCAUACACACAGCGAAGUGACAAAAACCACCUAGAUGGAGUGUUUUAUAACAUCCUUCCAGAUAUGAUCAAAGCUGCUUGUGGCAAGUGCAACCAUAGAAUGUCCAAAGAAACAGUUGUUGAUUUCAUUUAUAAUGGAAAAUUUGGUUUCUCUUUUAAACCUAAUGGGGAUCGUGUGACCGAGGAUGUAGAUGAAUUUACUGAUUUAUCAUUUCCCUUGUCAGUAAAUCCUGCGAAAAACGAUUCGCUGAAUUCCAAGUAUGUUCCACUGCUCUCCUACCCGGGUGCUGUUUUUAUUAUCAAGAACUUAGAUGCAUCAAGUCACGUAAAAAAGAUGAUUGGUGAUGUGCUGGCCACGUGGCCAAUAUUUAUGCUCAAUUUUUUCUUCACUCUUAUAUCCGGCGCCUUGGUGUGGUUUCUGGAAAUAUAUUUCAUUCAAAAACCAGAAGCCACCUUUUCACCAUCUUUAAAAAAUUUGAUUGGCUUACGCCAAGGGUGGUACUGGGCGUACAUUACACAGACAACUUUAGGGUACGGUGAUUUUGUACCAAUAGGAAAAGCGUCACGAUGUUUUGCUGUUAUUUGGAUUUUCACGAGUUUGGUGAUGUCAUCUUUACUCCUUGGAGCGUUGACGACGGCAUUUACCGCCGUUCAGACGACAAAAACAAAAUCGAUGUACGGCGUGAAGGUAGCUGCACUCUCUGGCUCUUUUGAAGAGCGGCUGGCAAUAUUAAAAAAUGGUCAAAUUGAUAAAGAAAAAACUUACACAAGUGUAUCUGAGUUGACACAAGCGUUGCACAACGACCAUGUUUUUGGUAUACUUAUCGAUGCGUACACAGCCGGGAGUAAUCGAGACAUCCUUGACGACCCGCUACUUCAUGUGGCUAAUUUGAUUAAAUAUCCGCGUUCGUUUGGUGUUGUUCUCAGUGGAGGAUUAGCGAAUGUUGACCAAGAGGUUUUAGAUUAUGUUAAGACAAACGAGGGGAAUAUUUUAGAAGUAUUGGAAAUGUUCACCCAGAAGUUAAAGCCUCAAACUGCAGCUAAAGAAGUAUCGUUAUUUGAUGCAGAAUCUACUGUGUUGAGAACAGGAAUAACCGUCCUCUCUGUUUUGUUGUGUCUGACGCUGUUGUUAGGGUUUGUGGCCUCACAGCUAUGCAAGAAGAAAAGCAGAAUAAAAGUAAAACCGGUGGAGAGAGCCACCAAGGAAGCAGAUGAAGAGGAAGCCAUAUGUGACUUACAAUGUUGUAUCAAAACGUUCUAUGAACAGUUUCAUAAGAACAUCAACACAUUAUCGUCCCGUAUUGACGCUGAACGCGUCAAAUUGUAUUUUGAUCGUGGUUCAAGUAGUUUAAGGAUACAACCACGCCAAUGUAGAACAGCAUUAAGACAUCCUAAAAGUUCUGCAAGAGGUGAUAGAGCAAGUGAAGAUGGAAGUGAUAUAGUAGCAGAGCAUCCUGAGAGCUUUGCAAGAAGUGAUACUUGUAGCGGAGAACCUGAUUCAAUACCGGACGUUGAAAGUGACGUGGACACAACGACACUAAGUGACUAAAUAAAAAGUCUUGUUAUAGUUUUAAGCGAAGUCGACUUUGGCUGUUUUGGGAACUAUUUCUAUCUCAAACUUGUGUGUUCUAGGUCAAGAAAUGUGAAGAAAAAAAGGAGAAAAUAAGCUUGAAAGUCAUACAAUAUGACCGAGAAGACGAAAAUUUCUAAAUAAAAAGGGUCUACUGCAAUCCAUUUUUAAUAUAGCACUUCUUAAAAAAAAGUAAGAAUACAUACAGCUCUCUUUAGUGGUAGAACCCAAAGUUGUAGCGGGACAAAUGUCUUCUUGAAGUACUCGUAUUUAAGGAAACUUGCUUCACUAAACCCGUUUAAUAUAGAUCUUCUUUUUUAUAUCCCCUCUGUAAAUAAACAUGCGUAGGUUGCAGUCAUUCAUAAAAAAAAUUUAUGUGAGAGCAAGAAAGAAUCUGUAAAUAUGUAUUAUGAUUUUGUUGCUGUUGUUUUUAUAUCACUUUUUUUACACAUUACCUAAAUCACAUUUAUGAAGUUUAUUUGUAAUUUUUUUUACUUCACUUAAAAAGAUUAUAUUGACACUAUUCAUAAA